UUGGCGCAGGCUCCGCACCGGGUGAACGAGCUUUGUGCACGGCAGCAUGGCUUCGUGUCACGGAAGAAGCGAUCUGCGCUUCGCAGACUGGAUGGCAAGUUUACCGCAGAGCAUGCACACCAUCCCCCUCACCAACCUGGCCAUUCCCGGUUCCCAUGAUUCCUUCAGUUUCUACAUCGACGAGGCUUCUCCGGUGGGGCCCGAGCAGCCGGAGACCGUGCAGAACUUUGUUUCUGUUUUCGGCACGGUGGCCAAAAAGCUAAUGAGGAAGUGGUUAGCUACACAGACGAUGAACUUCAUCAGCCAGCUGGAGGCUGGAAUCCGCUUCUUUGACCUACGCAUCUCCACUAAACCCAGAGACCCCGACAACGAGCUGUUCUUCGCCCACGGGCUCUUCAGUGCCACGGUCCGAGAAGGUCUGGAGCAGAUCAGCAGUUUCCUCUCAGCUCAUGCUAGAGAGGUGGUGUUUCUGGACUUCAAUCACUUCUACGGUGUGCAGAAUCUACAUCACGAAAAACUGGUGGCCAUGUUGAAGGAGGUGUUUGGAGACAAACUUUGCCCAGUUGUCUUCGCCCAGGAGGUGUCUCUGCAGUAUCUGUGGGAGAAGGAGUACCAGGUGCUUGUGUUCUACCACCAUCCUAUGGCCCUGGAGGUGCCCUUCUUGUGGCCAGGCCAGAUGAUGCCCUCUCCCUGGGCCAACACAACUGACCCAGAGAAGCUGGUUCAGUUUCUGCAGGCUUCUGUCACUGAUCGCAGGAGGAAGGGGACCUUCUUCGUCUCCCAGGUGGUUCUGACACCCAAAGCCAGCACUGUGGUGAAGGGUGUGGCCAGUGGGCUGCGAGAAACAAUCACAGAAAGGGCCUUGCCGGGCAUGAUGCAGUGGAUCAGAUCCCAGAGACCCGGCGAGAGCGGCAUCAACAUCAUCACAGCUGACUUUGUGGAGCUCGGAGAAUUCAUCAGUGCCGUCAUCACCCUCAACUACCACCUGGAUGACGAGGAUGACGAUGCCACCUGAGCGCGCUGCCACCAGCCUCAGGGAGCAUAGCCACCCUCGCUGAGCGGUCGGGUCUGUGCUGUCACUUGUUUGUCGUUAACGUUUAUUUCAGGAGGGGAGCUGCACUGCUCCUUUCACUUUAUUUAGGGCUACAAUGAGCUGAGUGAGAGCGGAUGAAAACCUAUUUAAGGGGCGGUUACAGGACCAUUUGGUUGAAGCUCUAAGUGGAUUACUUUCUUAUUUUUUUGUAUGAAUUUCCUCCUGUGAGAUGACUAUUUUCUUUACUUCCUGCUGUAAAAUCACCUGCUUUUACGCCAUUUUAAGACUUACCGCUUCUAAGGGUAGGUUCCUCACAGCAUAUCAACUUUCUGCUAAAUAUCUUAGCACAUAAUUCUUGGUAUUCUAGUGACAGUGAUGUUUUUCAGAGGCAGUUUGACAUAAGCAGUGGUGGGUACAGCUCAGCUACUUAGCUAACAGCUAAUUAUUGAAGCUAACUUUUUAAUUAGCUGAAUAGUUUUUCAGCAAACUUUGAAAAUCAUUAGGGGACCAAUUACUUUCCACAAUCCUUUGUUAUCCUAACGUGAAAUCAUCUAGCAAAAUUAACACAUCAUAUGAAGGUAGCAAACAUCACCUUAAGAAGGUGGAGGAGCAGUAUGCCAAGAGUAAAUGCAUUAAUUACAUUAUUAUUUUCCAUGUGUAUUUUUUAUUAAUAUUUUUAUUCAUUUAAUACUUUCUGUACUGUGAAUAUACUGUAUAUUGAAUGUAAACGUCAGUAUAAUUUGAUUAACUAUGUACAUUGAUCAUCAUCUGAUCUUGGCACGCUAACCUUUUUGGGAACCUCCAUGCUUACAUUU